UCACUGGCGUGCUGGCGUCGGUCCGAGACGGACCGCCCGGCGAGAAACCUGCUCGACCGGUGUGGAGGAUACUCAGGAUCAUAAGCGGGUUUUAAAUAGUUGCCCUGCUGCCUUUGGAGCGGUUGUGUUCACUGUUUGCUGGAGUACGGGGCAAUUUCAAGAGAUGAAGAUUUAACGUGUGUGUGAGGCUGUGAGUUUAUCUAAAAGUACAAACGGAAGUCGGUGACUUGGCUUGAGACAUACUCUGUCCGAAUUGUGUGAAGCUGCUUCAAGAUGCCGCACGAAGAGGAAGGCAAAAAUGGCAGUGCCUCACCGUCGGCUACCCAGGGGUCUAGACGAGGUUCACAAAAGUCCUCCGUUCGGCGACAGAGCGUGAAGAGACAGGCCUCGCGAGAAUUCCUUCCGAGAGCUGUGCAGAGUUCGUCGAUAUCGGAGCCAACGCCGAACGAUGUUACUAACGGAGCCGGCGGAGGAGCGCCCGGGACAGGGAGGAGGCUCGAGGGCGACUUUGACGAGAUCCUGGAGGAGGUGGGAGGCUACGGCCGCUUCCAGUGGCGCAUCUUGGUGCUGAUGCAGCCGCCGUUCAUGUUUCUCGGCUUCACGCUGCUGAGCCAGCUGUGGCUGCUGCUGGAACCCGACCACUGGUGCAAAGUUCCUGAGCUGGAGGCGCUGGGCUUCAGUCCGCUGGACGCCCGCAACAUCAGCAUACCGACCGAGGAGCGCGCCGGCCGCCAGCAGUUCUCCCGCUGCCAGAGGUACGACGUCAACUUCAGCCAGAUCGCAGACGUGGCCGGCUGGAGGCCGGACGCCGACACGCCGCUCACGGCCUGCAGCAGCGGCUGGCACUACGACUUCAGCGAGCUCUACCCCACGAUCGUCUCUGACCUCGACUGGGUCUGCGACGACGCCUGGAAAUCGCCGCUGAGCACGGCACUGUUCUUCGUGGGCUCCAUCUUCGGCACGCUACUGUUCGGCGCCGUCUCGGACCGCUUCGGCCGACUGCCGGCGCUGGUCGCCGCCAACCUCACAGCCUGCGUCGCCGGCGUCGUGUCCGCCUUCGCGCGCAGCCUGGGCGUGUUCGCUGUGACGCGUUUCACCUUCGGCAUGGCCAACAACUUGCAGACUACGCUGGCGAUGGUGUUUCUCAGCGAGUUUGUCGGCGUGAGAUGGCGCGGUAUGGUGGUGAACCUGCCGCUGGCCACCUCGUUCUGCCUGGGCAUGACGAUCCUGCCGUGGAUCGCCUGGGGCGCCGGCCACUGGCAGUACGUCGCGCUGGCCACCAGCAUCCCGAUGGCGUUUCCUCUCAUCUAUCUGGUGACCGGAGUACCUGAGUCGUGCCGCUGGCUGCAGCAGACCGGCCAGUUGGACCGCGCUAUCGCUGAGAUGAGGCGGAUCGCCAAGGAGAAUGGACGUAUCGUCUCGGAGGAGACGUGGCAGCAGUUCACCGAGGCCGCCACGUUCAAAUACAAGCAGGAGCAGGAGCGCCCGGCUCCCGGUCUGCGCCAGCUGGCUCGACACCCGCGCCUCCGCACGCGCAUGGCGGUGCUCAUGUUCAGCACGGCCAUCCUCCUGCUGCUGUUCGACCUCACCUCCCGUAACACCGACUUCGACGUGGACAUCUUCACUGCACAGACGCUGCUGGCGGUGAGCGAGGCGCCGGCCGACCUGCUCACCUGGCUGCUGGUCGACACGCUGGGCCGCCGCUGGACCAUCACGGUCAGCACAGCGCUGACCAGCGGCGCCGGCCUGGCACUGGCCAUCCUGCUGCACCUGGGCACCGCGCCGGCGGCCGCCUCCACCGCCGUGGCCGUCUUCUGUCGCUUCUGCACCACCGUCUCCGUCAACGUGCUGAUGACGCUCAGCAUGGAGUUGAUUCCGACCGACGUGCGCUCGCGGGCGUUCUCUCUGACCCAGGUGGCCGGUCACGCCGGCUCGGUGCUCAGUCCAUUGAUUCUAUUCCUGGAGCGGGUGUGGCGCGGCCUGCCGCAGCUCGUGCUGGCCGCCCUGGCGCUGCUCGGGGCCGUCAGUGUCAGCCUGCUUCCCGAGACCCGCGGCCUGCCGCUGCCUGACACACUGGCUGAAGGAGAGGAGUUUGGGAAGGAGCAGCGCUGGCUCCAGUGCUACUGCGGCUCGGAGGAGGACGGAGAAAUGCACCCUGGUGUAAGCGACGAACGCCAGGGCGCAGACAACUCGGCGCUCGAGCUCGAACAGGACACUGUGACGCAAAUGUGACGUCACAGAAAUUGUGACGCAUGGGAUCGUUUCAAGAACGUGACGUUAUGGUAAUAUCGCUCAUGGAAUAUUUAGUCUGUGCCAUGACAAAUUUUGUUUUACACUGCCGUAGCUGCACAAUUGUAUAAUUGAUGAUAUUGUUGCAAGCCCAAGAUUUCACUUUAUCGUACGUUUGUGACCACUGACCAUUGAAUCAUGACUGCGCGCAUGUGAUUUUAUAUAUUAAUCACUGCACCUACUGAAUGAUGUAACUAACUAUGUAGGCAUGUAUGCAUGUCGCAUGAUGUAUAUGGGAUAAUAUGUGUAUUGUGUAUGUAUACAUGCAUAAACAUACACGUUCAUAAAUGCAUCCUUUCACCUGUAACAAAAUGUUUCAGCUGAUGUGUGUUGUUUGCGUAGAAACUAGAUUAAAUAAAUACCUAUCCGAAGCUGCGGCCUAGCCAUACGACUCAAAAA